AAGACAGUUGGUUCUUUGUGUCUGUAAUACACUCGCUUUCGCCGACCGACGCGGUCUAUGAUUAAGAACAUGUUGUAAUAUGCGAAGAUAUAAAGAGGUCCUGCAUGGUGAGACAUUACAAUAGGACUUCAUCGCAAGGGCGUAUAUUCUCUAAGACAGCGAAAAUGGUCAAACUCACUAAAUUUGGAUUCUCGUCCACGGGAGACGAAGUUGUACAAACCUUUCCUGACAGAGUGAAAGGAAAAAUCAUUGUCAUCACAGGACCAAGUCCAGGUGGUAUUGGUGCAGAAACGGCUAUAUCCCUGGCCAAGGCCAGUCCAGCUCUACUCCUCCUCGCAGGUCGCGCCGAGUCGAAGAUUUCUCCACUUAUCCAAGAGAUUCAAUCAAAAUAUCCAGCCGUUGCUACCAAAUUCAUCAAACUAGACCUCGGUUCGCAAGCUUCCGUACGCUCAGCUGCAACUGAAAUCAACAGUUCUGUGGAGAGGAUUGACAUCCUGAUUAAUAAUGCCGCAGUUAUGGUUUGUCCGUAUGGAAAGACAGAGGACGGAAUUGAAACCCAAUUCGGGACAAACCAUAUAGGCCAUUUCUUAUUGACGAAUUUAUUGAUGAACAAAAUUUUGAACGCGGGGCUUGGCGCUAGGAUUGUGAAUGUAUCAAGCUCUGCACAUAGAUCGGGAGAAAUGCGGUUUAAUGACUGGAAUUUUGAGGAUGGGAAAGUCUAUAAUGAAUGGGAAGCAUACGGCCAAUCGAAAACUGCAAACAUACUUUUCUCCGUAGCUCUUGCCAAGAAACUGAAGAACAAGGGCAUUUUUUCUUAUUCGCUUCAUCCAGGCUCUAUUCGCAGUGGCCUUCAAGUCUACGUAACCGACUCCAUUCUUGCAGAUGGUCUCGCACGCGCUGUUGCGGCCGAGGCAAAAGCAGGUCGAGUUUUCGAGAGAGCUCCGCAGAAGACAACGCAGCAAGGUUGCUCUACAACAUUGGUUGCUGCUUUGGAUCCCGCGUUAGAAGGCCAUAAUGGCACAUUUUUGUGGGAUGGUGAUAUUGCAGAAAACAAGCCUCCAGAAGGGGCCACAAACGAGGAGAAUGCAGAGAGACUAUGGAAACUAAGUGAAGAUCUUGUAGGCGAGAAGUUCAGUAUCAAAGAUUAGUGCACCGUCUAUAUUGUAAACAAUUAAAUAACUACACGCUGUAAAUGCAUAGUUCAGUUCAUAAACGCGCCUCAAAAAUGUUACUUUGAGUCAACGUCAAUUAAUAAGGGUGUUGACACCGGCCUUCAGGUCUACAAGACCCCAGCUAUACUUGCUGACGGAAUUGCUCUGGCUGUCGCCAAUGAAGCAAAACAAGCGGAAGGAUCAAGAGACACGACGUUACUAACAGGUAUUGGGCCCCGUACUCGAGGCACACAUUGUCACAUAUUGUGCGAACUGAGCGAACGGUUAAUAGAGGGAUGCCUUUGCUUAUUCGUAACGAUGUCCAUGCAGUUAUUAUGACUGGUCUCCAAGUCCAUAUGAACGAUGGUACUGGUGAAAGGCUCACGCUUUCCUGACGGCUGCUGACAAGGAGAUUUGACUACCAUACACUCCAGGGCCACCAAAGCUCUGCAACUGGGUUGUUCGACGACUCUCAUUGCUGCACUUGGUCUGUCCCUCGAAGUUCACAAUGGUGCGUUUUUCUGGAAGUUAGAUAUUGCAGACCCUCUCCUGCCCACCUACGCUAG